UGAGCAGUGUGUUGGAGGUGACUGGACUGGAGACGCUAAUUUGAAGGAUCAUCCCUGCAGGAAGGAAUCAUCACAAAACAACAAGAGCCAUGUGGCUUGUCCUGACCUCGCUACUAGCCCUCUCCAGUGGCGCUCUAUCUCUGGACAAACUCAACAUGUGUAUGGACGCCAAACACCACAAAGUAGACCCCGGCCCUGAGGGACAACUUUACUAUCAGUGUGCUCCCUGGCGUGAAAAUGCAUGUUGCACUGCCAACACCAGCACAGAAGCCCACAACGACAACUCCUACCUGUACAACUUCAACUGGAAUCACUGUGGCACCUUAAGCCCCCAGUGCAAGAGACAUUUCAUCCAGGACACUUGCUUCUAUGAGUGCUCACCUCACUUGGGACCCUGGAUACAACCAGUGGAACAGAGCUGGCGUAAGGAGCGCAUCUUGGAUGUGCCUUUGUGUCAGGAGGACUGCCACAGUUGGUGGGAAGACUGCAAGCAUGAGUACACCUGCAAGACUAACUGGCACAAGGGAUGGGACUGGAGCUCAGGUAUUAAUAAAUGCCCUGCGGGCAGCAAGUGCAGGAAGUGGACCCAAGUUUACCCCACGCCCAAGUCCAUGUGUGAGCAAAUCUGGUCCAAUUCCUACCUUUAUACCACCCACUCCAAAACCUCGGGCCGCUGCAUGCAGCUCUGGUUCGAUGGGCCAAACCCCAACAGGAAGGUAGCUGCGUACUACUUUAACAGCGCACAGCAAUACCAAAGCUUUGCCUUGACAGCACUACUUCUCCCGGCUUUUGCAUCUUUCUCUGUAAUGAUGUACUAA